CUGCUGCGCGAGGCGCGCGACUUCCAGGCGGCGCGCUACGACCGCCACGACCGCGGGCCGUGCCCCCGCAUGCGUCCGCGCCCCUCCACCGGCCUCGCCGAGAUCCUGGUGCUGGUGGGCGGCUGCGACCAGGACUGCGACGAGCUGGUCACCGUCGACUGCUACAACCCGCAGACGGGCCAGUGGCGCUACCUGGCCGAGUUCCCCGACCACCUGGGCGGGGGGUAUAGCAUCGUGGCGCUGGGCAACGACAUCUAUGUGACAGGCGGGUCUGACGGCUCCCGGCUCUACGACUGCGUGUGGAGGUACAACUCCAGCGUGAACGAGUGGACGGAGGUGGCGCCCAUGCUGAAGGCGCGUGAGUACCACAGCUCCUCCGUGCUGGACGGGCUGCUCUACGUGGUGGCUGCGGACAGCACAGAGCGCUACGACCACACCGCCGACUCCUGGGAGGCGCUGCGGCCCAUGACCUACCCCAUGGACAACUGUUCCACCACCGCGUGCCGCGGGCGCCUCUACGCCAUCGGGUCCCUGCCCGGCAAGGAGACCAUGGUGAUGCAGUGCUACGACCCGGACACCGACCUGUGGUCGCUGGUGGACUGUGGCCAACUCCCGCCCUGGUCCUUUGCGCCCAAGACAGUGACGCUGAAUGGACUCAUGUACUUCGUCAGGGACGACUCCGCCGAGGUGGACGUGUACAACCCUACGAAGAACGAGUGGGACAAGAUCCCGUCUAUGAAUCAGGUGCACGUGGGCGGCAGCCUGGCUGUCCUGGGCGGGAAGCUGUAUGUGUCAGGCGGCUACGACAACACGUUUGAGCUCUCCGAUGUGGUGGAGGCCUACGACCCCGAGGCGCGGGCGUGGAGCGUGGUGGGGCGGCUCCCGGAGCCCACCUUCUGGCACAGCAGCGUCAGCAUCUUCCGCCAGUUCAUGCCACAGACUCCGCUGGGCGGCCGCGGCUUCGAGCUGGACAGUCGCAGCGGAGACGAGGACGCAGGCCGGCACCAGCCACCGCGGGACCCUGACGCACUGCACUAGCCCCGGCCUAGCCCGGGGAGGGCCUCCGUGCAGGGAACCCAGCACCUCUGUGGGGGCGGAGACCCCUUCCUUCGGGCACAGGCGGAACCCCAAGAGCCCGGGACCCAUCACAGCCUGAAAGUUUUCUGUGCACUUAGAGCCUCAGUCACAGCUGCUGGGGCCGGGGUGGGCCGUGAAUGUCGCGCUGGUCCCCGUCUCUGGCCCCCAGAGGUCAUCCUCCUCACUCAUGCAGUGUACACCCCGCCCGCUGCCACUUCCCAUGGCUCCGUGCUCCCACCUUGAGGGCAGAGAGCACAAGGUCCCCCUUUGGGGGUUGGAGAAUGGCCUGGACCCUCCUACCUUCUGCUGGCCCGGGAGCACUGGCUGAGCAGACCGCAGGGGCUGUACGGUGCCGGGUGUCCCGAGUGCAGCGGCUCCGCCUGGCCAGCUCAGCUCCUUGCCCCUGCUGGGCUCCCACGUCCAAGCAGGAUGUGAGCGUGGGGAGUGAGUCUGAAGAGGGGUCCCCGAGUGCCUUGGGACUGAUGCUGGGUCUGACCCCCCCCAGCCAGGGAGACCUUGCUGGGCAAGGAGACUGCCCUGGGACUCUGCCCAGGCAGGGGAGGAGAGCCUGAGGAGAGGGCCAGUGCAAGGUCAUGGCUGCUCACUGUCGUCCACAGCCGGCCAGGCACACGGCCGCUGUGCCCAGCCCUCCUCCCUGGGCUGUGUGAAGAUUCCCUGAAGCCUGAGCAGGAGCGGCCGGGCAGUAGGUUCCGAGUUCGCUCUUCACCGGAAGCGGGUGUGGAGGGAGCCAGAGCCAGGGUCACCUUGCUGUCCCACAAGUGCCCUCGCCAGCACUGUCUGUGGGAGCAGGUGGUGGCAGGUGUGCCCAGGGAGACAGUGUGGGACCCCUGGUGACCUCUCAGGAGAGACGUUCCUGUGCAUUGAGUUGGAGCCCUUCAAGGUGCCCAGUGUGGCCUCCAGUUGGACCCGUCCCCUCCUUUCCAGGCGAGGGCAUUAGGACUGUGUCAGGUGACAGGAAGGUUGCCCAGUCACCUGACUCCUGCAAGUGGGAUCUCAUGCAGACGCGAUCACCUAGCAAGCAGUACCCGAACCCCGCAGCGGCCAGGUCGCAGGGGUGUUGCCUUAAUUUCUCCCGGGUCGUCAGGCAGGGCCUGCCGUGCCUGCCUUCUCCCUCUGUGUGGUGCCAUGUGCCGUUUUGUCACUGCAGUGUACUAGAAAGUGUGUCCAGUCUGCUUGGGGACACUGGCCACCGCUGUCCUGAGUUGGUUCAGGAAAGGGCUGGGAGAGGCCCAGGGUUCCUGCUCGUCACCGUGCCUGGCGGCCGCGCAGACAGAAUCUGGGUUUGUGUCCCUCUGUGCUCUGGAGCGGUGCGGGUCACCACCAUCAGGACCAGGCUUUGGGUCUGAAAGAGCAGGUUCCAUGGCCUGCAGACGCUCCUGGGGGUGCAGGAUCAGGGGUUCCCCUCAUUCGGCAGCCACAGGCUCUGGGUGUUGGGGUCCCCACCGUCGUAGAUGUUGCCACACUGACUUGGAAACAGAUGUCAGCCCACCCGGGGAUGGGACUUUCUGACAUGAUCACAUGCACAGGGCUUCGUCUAUAAGACGUUAAGUUACGGAAGUGACUGGUAUUUAAUGCUGAUCUAAAUGUAUUCUAUAUUUAUAUGACCUCAGAGACUCUAAUGAAGGACACACCCUCCAGUGUCCCAUAUCCAGUCACACCCCAGAGGUGGGCACAUAUGUGUAUUUAUUUUUGUCUAUUCUGUAGGCCUAAGUCUCCAGAGAUCUGUCUCCAGGUUUUAAGAUGCCUUCAGUACUUUUUGAAAUAAAAAUAUUUCCUGUA